UGUUAUCCCCUCUAGCAUGGUUUGGCAUGAGGCAUGAUGCGCGUCCCGAAGACACUAUAGUUACCAUGACAACCGCUAAACAAUGCUUAAGGCGCUCCCGAAAGUGACUUAAAUCAAUGCUGUGAUUCUCAAUCAGCGUCUCACGCAAUUAGUGCCGUUUGUGAAUGGCCGCACGAAAAAUCCCGAGCCAAUGCCGAGACAACACGAGGCAGAUCAGCUGAUCAUUGCAACCCGCGGCAUUUAUCGUUGAGUAACCAUUUCAGCCCUUCGAGAAAGUGUUUCUCAUUUCUGUCAUCCGCCCGCGCAUAUAUUUCUAUAUCAAUUACCAGAGAUGCGCUGAGACUGGGUGAAACGAAGCCGAAAACGCGCGGUGAAUGGAAAUCUUUCGUGGAAGUGACAUAUCAAGAAAUAAAGAGAAAGAGAGAUGAACAUGCAAGUCGAUGCGAAAUCAGCAACCAAUGGCGAAGUUUCAACGAGAAGAGCAGUAUUAACCGUUGGACUCAUCUUCAUAACUUCAUUGAUUGCAUUGUUUUAUGUAUACACGAGCUUCCCAGAAUUAGAACAACAUGAGAAACAGUAUAUGAAGCUGCCGUUUCAUAUAGAGGAUGCCAAGAAUCUGGGAAAGUUAUUAGAACGGUACAAGGAUCUAUAUUAUUUCCAAGUAUUGGCCGGACUGUUCAUUACUUACAUCUUCCUACAAACAUUCGCCAUUCCCGGCUCUAUCUUUCUCUCGAUCCUGUCGGGAUUUCUGUUUCGCUUUCCAAUUGCGCUGCUACUCGUGUGCACGUGCAGUGCAGUCGGUGCCACUUUGUGUUACCUGUUGUCCUCUUUACUGGGCAGACGAUUGCUGUAUCGAUACUUUCCAGAUAAGGCGAAAGAGUGGACCAUCACUGUUGCCAGGCAUCAUCAUAAUCUGCUGAAUUACAUGCUGUUUCUCAGGAUGACGCCGUUACUGCCAAACUGGUUCAUCAAUCUGGCCAGUCCAGUGAUCGGCGUACCGAUGGUACCGUUCACUAUAGGUACCUUCUUCGGCGUCGCACCGCCCUCGUUCGUUGCCAUACAAGCAGGUCAAACUUUACACAAGCUCACGUCAUCGAGCGACGCGUGGUCGUGGAAUAGUAUAAUUAUUCUGUGCGUAUUCGCGUUGCUUUCUCUACUGCCUGUGCUAUACAAGCAGAAGCUCAAGCAGAAGUUCGAGUAAGAGCUAGAUCGACGGUGCUCUUAUAAGGGGACAUUCCGAUAUUACACAAGAAGACAGAAGCAUUUCGACUACGUUUGUUGAAACGGGCAAAAUACUCUACCAUUAGAGAUGUUCCUAAAGAAUCUAAAAAAGUCAUAAGAGACGCGAGUAACAUUGAGAGAAUGAUCAAUUAGAAUCUGUCUUCUCACAUCAUGUAAUACAAAUAUUAGUAUUUGGUACAUUGCAAAUAAAAUUACUAAGCUAGUAUUUGGAUACAUGGACUUGUAUGUACUUGAAUGUAAAGUAAUAUGAAAAAAUCCCACAAGCACAAUUUGCGCAUAAUUUAUUUAUUAUUAUUAUAGUUUAUUUUUCAAUACGCAAAUGUAUUUCUUAGAUUAUGCGGCUGUCAUAUAAAAACGUAUUUAAACUAUGUGCAGGCAGAGAUAGAAAGUCAACUCAUUUUAUUAUAAUUGUUACACAAAUACGCCUAUACAUUUUAGACAAUAUCAUAUUGAGAAAUAAUCUCGGGUAACUCUGUUUAAGGCUGUUGAAUUUUACUUUUUAUUUCGUUCAUUGUUAUAAAGGAAAAAUAAUACUGUACUCGAAAUCUAAAUAUGCAAGAAACUGUAUAUAUAUUGAGCAAAAUCGCGAAUAUAUAUAUAUAAAAUCGAGAUUUAAAAAAAAUAAAAAACAUGCAAACAUAAUAUAUAAACUUUAUUAAAUGCGACUUUAUAUUAUCUUUGGCUGUAUCACUUUGGCACAUCGACAACGAGUUUCUUCUAUUGAUGGCACUAGCAAAACGAAAUCAGAUAACCGAUAGAAAGAUCAGUAGCAUUGUACACUGGCAGACUCACAGGUCUCCAAUACCACCAAUUGUACCAUACUUACGAGAAACAUAAAAGAAAAAUUGUACAAAAAUAACAGUGAAAAGAAAAAGAUCAACUACAAAAAUUUCUCUGAUUUCUACUUACAUGUAUGUCCAGCAGAUAAUAAAAUAGUCAAAGAUC